ACCGCUAUCAUCAAAUGGAGUCAUGCCAGCCACAAGUUCUGACCGAGCUCAAUUGUCAUGAAACGCAUAUACAGCGAUGAGUUUCUCUCUCUUUCAUACAAAUUUAUAACGAGGAACGCCCACAAUGUGUUUUGUGUGUGGAAGCGCUUAGUAAUGAGUCUCUCAUAACGAACAAAUUAAUAAAACGACACGUCCUGACCAAACAUCCACAGCAUGAUGGUAAACCCAGGGAGUUCUUUCAGAACAGGACAGAAUGAUUCAGGAAACAGUGAUUCGACAGUGGAAAAAAUGCUGCUGUGUGGUUGUGUGCUGUUGCUCUUGGGCUCAGUCCUAGCCCAUCCUCUGAAUGAGAUGUCACUGGACGCACAGUGGGACUCCUGGAAGACCACCCACCUGAGAGAGUACAACGGCCUGGGGGAGGAGGCGAUCCGUAGAACCAUCUGGGAGAAGAACAUGCGUCUGAUCGAAGCCCACAAUGAGGAGGCCGCUCUGGGCAUUCACUCGUACGAGCUGGGCAUGAACCACCUGGGAGACAUGACGUCAGAGGAGAUAGUUGCAAAGCUGACUGGCCUUCAGGUGCCCAUGAACAGGGACCGUAGCAACACCUGGAUCCCUGGCAACAAUGUGGUGAACCUCCCCAGGUCCAUCGACUACCGCAAGAAGGGCAUGGUGACCCCAGUCAAGAACCAGCUCUCCUGUGGCUCCUGCUGGGCCUUCAGCUCUGCUGGGGCCCUGGAGGGCCAGCUGGCAAAGACCACAGGCAAACUGAUAGACCUCAGCCCCCAGAACCUGGUGGACUGUGUUACUGAGAACAAUGGCUGUGGUGGAGGCUACAUGACCAACGCCUUCGAAUACGUUGAGGAAAACGGAGGCAUCGACACAGAGGAGGCUUACCCUUACCUUGGCCAGGAUGAGCAGUGUGUCUACAACGCGUCUGGCAUGGGUGCUCAGUGUCGCGGGUUCAAGGAGAUCCCUGAGGGAGACGAGCAGGCACUGACCAAGGCUGUAGCCAAAGUGGGGCCUGUGGCUGUGGGCAUCGAUGCCACCCUCUCCACCUUCCAAUUCUACCAGCGAGGUGUGUACUACGACCCCAACUGCAACAAGGAUGACAUCAACCACGCCGUGCUUGCAGUGGGCUAUGGACAAACUGCCAAGGGCGAGAAAUUCUGGAUCGUCAAGAACAGCUGGAGCGAGAGCUGGGGCAAACAGGGCUACAUCAUGAUGGCACGUAACCGCGGGAAUGCGUGUGGCAUUGCCAACCUGGCCAGUUACCCCAUCAUGUGAACACCAAGCGGCAGAGGGCACCAUGGAAGCAGGGAAGCUAAACCACCAAUCAAUGACUACACCCAAUACAGAAAAUAACACUAUGUUUCUGGAAUAGCACAUUCAUAUAGUCUGGAGGUUUGAGUAUCCCAGAGUUCUUUUGCAAGCACUUUUAAACGCCCUACAUCAAGUCUUACUGUUAUAUCUUCAAACUGCCAGACUUCAAUUGUAGUCUGAUCUACAGUGGAACAACUAUGAUUGUGAUGAAGGAUGUGCGUAGUGCACAGCACUUUACAUAGGUUGUAUUCAGUGUGUCAGGUCAGGUAACAUUGCUGUGCAAUGGGAGUUUUGUCUCACUUUCCUGUCAAUGCAAAAAGGGCUUGUUGAUCAAGAUUGCUCCUGGUGGGUUUUUUGAUGAUGUUGACUUUUAUUUUAUUGUUCAGCACUUUUACACCAAAUUCUGUUGAUUGAAUUGUAACAUUGUUUUCUAUUAAAUGGAAUAAAAGUUGAUUCAUUUGAAA